AACACUCCCACCCUCGCCUACAUCUACCAGUGGUUCAACAACGGGCCAGACCGCGUACAGAGUGCGUGGAACAAGUGGACCUUCCCAUCGACCACUCGUGCCCUCUGGAUGGGGAUGCAAGGGAGCAAGGUCUACCUGAUGGUAUCUUGGGGUUCCACCUAUUCGCUCGAAGUCAUCGACACCGAGUAUGAAGGUGAUGAAGACCUGGGCAUCCCUCUCCGUGCCGACCACCGUGUGAACGAGGACUACAUCUCGGCCACCGGGGAAGGAUACGUGGAUGUCACCCUGCCCUACGAGGUGCCGGAAGCCAAGCGCGACAACUUCGUGUCCUACUAUCGCGUCAAUGAUGAUGGGACCGGGGAGCAGCGCGGACAGCUAUUGGAGACCGAGUGGCAGUCAUCUACGGUCAUCCGUGUCUAUACCGAUGUAGCCAGUCCAAGGCUCUGGGUAGGGUCGAAGAUCAAGUCCUACCGAGAACUGCCGAAGGUCUACAUAACGGACCAGCAGGGUGCCGCCGUCCUCAUGGAUGGUCUCUCUAUUGCCAGCCUCAAGGUCUCCCACACCAACUCGACCGCCUACAAGGUUCAGGUCUUUGUGGUGGGUGAUGAGGAGGUGACGGCAGAGUCCGAGUUCUCGGCCCGCAUCAGCGGUGACCCCGAGGUCGUCAACAACCGUGUCCCCGUGGAGUCCUCAGGCGAGUUCGAUAUUCGCGUAGGGUAUGGCACCGAAGAGUGUCGCAUCCGGCUCCUCAAUGACACCAUCUAUCCCUCCUCCUGGGACAGCCUCCGCUACAUG